CUUGUCCACAGGGUAGUGAGAUCUUGUUCCAUCCUUCUCAAAUAUAGGAGGACUUGGCUGACUUCAUUAGUUCCUUGAGUAAGCAAAGAGGAAACUCAAUUCGAGUAGGCAGAUCUACAAACAAAAUGUUGGCAGUAGCGUGCGUGGGUGGAGCUAAAAUUCAUCGAGGUUACAUGAUUCGACGUCUUAAACAGCUAGAGAGAUGCACUACGUAUCCCAUGUUUUUUCGCAAAAGAAAGCAUGCGGUUCGCUGAGGAUGACAUUAACGACCUUACCGCGUUCUGACGUAGCAUUCAGCAACUUGAUUGGGCUGCAGGAGAAACCUGUUUUUGGCAAGGCUGUAACUUCAUGCGAAAAGAGGAUUAUAAGAGCUGUCAGUUCCGAUGAAGCCAUGGUCUAAGUGAAUCAAGAGGUAUUAUCAAUUCCAUCCAUUCAGAGGUCCUUACUACAGAAUAACACCAAGAAAUCAACAUGGCACCAGCACCAAAGAAAGACUCCACGGAGUACGACGACCCCCUUGAGAAAGCUGAGGCGAAGAAAGAAAAGGGCCCUGCCGCGACUGAUGGCAUGGUGGGUGAGAAGGAGCUCGACGAGGCCAUUGGCGACGAGAGCGCAGAUCCCGAGGUGACUUCCGCUGACGACGACCCACUCGAGAAGGCGGAGGCCACAAAGGAGAAGAAGUCGCGCUAGUUGCUGCAUGUCAGCGUAAGAGAUAGCAAAUAAAUCAAGAACGCUUCAC